AACAUUGCACACGUGUUUAAUCCAUUUUUUGCUGUUUUAUUCGCCAAUGAUAAUUAAAAAUUGGAAUAAAUAUUUCAACUGACUUUUUGAAUUCAUUGAAUUAACCGAGUCAAAUUUGUGAAAAUUGGGUAAUAAAAAUUCAAAUAUUCAUUCAAACUUUCAUAGUGACAGUGAUUUUCUCUAUUUGCGUGCUCAUAAAAACUAUUACAAAAUGUUUGUGACAUCACUCCUGCUGAUAGCAACGGUUCUUCUAAUCUAUUAUUACCUAAUACGAAAUUACAAUUAUUGGAAAGUCCGAAAAGUUUUGGGUCCAGAGCCUCAGUUGGUUUUUGGUAAUACAAAAGAUGUGACUUUGCUGAAAACCACGAUGGGCGAGAGCCUCCAAGAGAUUUACAAAAUGUACGACGGGCUCCCUUUUGUUGGUAUCUACGAGCUGAGGACACCGGCCAUUCUACUGCGAGAUCCAAAAAUCAUCAAGCUCAUUUUAGUUAAAGAUUUCAGCCAUUUUCAAGGUCGUGGAAUCGUCAUGAAUGAGAGCGCCGAUCCACUAUGCGCUAAUUUGAUAAAUCUAUCGGGCCCGAGAUGGAGAGUACUUCGAACGAAAUUAUCCCCGGCAUUUACGGCCGGAAAGAUUCGUCAAAUGUUUCCAAUCAUCGAGGAAUCUUCCAAAAAAUACAAGCAAUUCGUAAAAAAGCAUGCGGACAAAGAGGAAACGGUUGAAUUUCGUGAUUUAGCUGCCAAGUUCACGACUGAGGUCAUAGCGACAUGUUGCUUUGGUCUCGAGACGAAUUCUAUACAAGACGAGGACUCGGAAUUUCGUGCUAUGUGUCGCAAAGUACUCGACCCCUCUCUCGUAAUCAGUCUCAAGAGAAUCGUGCGUUCUUAUUUACCCGGUGCAUUCCAAUUUUUCCGAAUGAGUUUGACACCGUCCGAGGUGAGCCAGUAUUUUAUGACCGUCGUCAGGGACAUGGUUAAAUACAGAGAAGUUCACAAUUAUGUUAGACACGAUAUGAUGCAGCUGCUGAUGCAAUUGAAAAACGGUGGCAGGCUUCACGAUGACGAGGAAACGGAAAACCAGGAUUAUAUUUCAGAAAACGAUAACUGUACACAGAAAACUCCAGAUAUCGUUAUCGACGAUAACGUCUUGGCUGCUCAAGCGUAUAUAUUUUUUCUCGCUGGUUUCGAAACCUCAUCGACAACCAUGAGUUUCGCCAUGUACGAGCUCGCUUCGAAUCCCGAAAUACAAGAUAAGCUAUACAACGAGAUCACGACGACCCUGAGAAAGCAUCGUUCCGUUAGCUACGAAGCUAUUUCGGAAAUGGAAUUUUUAGAUCGCGUCAUUCGCGAAACUUUGAGAAAACAUCCACCAGUGGGCAUGGUACCUCGUCUGUGUAACGAAAAUUAUAAAAUACCUGGAACCAACGUCGUUAUUGAAAAAGGAGUUAAGGUAUUAAUUCCGAUACACGCCAUACACCAUGAUCCACACUAUUAUCCAAAACCAUGGAAAUUCGAUCCGGAACGAUUUCUCGAAGAGAACAAAAAGUUACGUGACAAUUGUACAUUUUUGCCAUUUGGGGAAGGACCACGAAUUUGCAUCGGAACGAGAUUUGCCUACAUGCAAACAAAGGUUGGGCUCGUAGCAUUAUUGUCGGACUACAGAGUGGAGUUGAGCCCAAAAAUGUGUUCACCUCUCGAAUACGAUCAAACGGCUAAUAUUCUCACCAGCAAGUCUGGAAUUUGGCUCAAAAUACGUAACCCUGGAUUGUUCGCGAUGUGGGCGGUCACCAAUUAUUGUCAAGUCUACUUUGGAAAUCGUCAGCGUUUCAUGAGUGGGUUUGCCCUAUUAAUGGCUUAUCUCACAGUCAUCAUCAAGACGAUAUCUUUGACUCUUUAUCGAACACGCCUCGAAGACCUUCAUCACAACUUGGCUAAGACGGUCCAGUCUGAUCUGAGGAACGAAGAGUUGAAGCCUAUUUUUUUGUCAUCAUUUUUAUGGUUUUAUCGGCCAACGAUGAUUUUGGCAAGUUCGACUUGGACGGCGAUCGGUUUGAGUUGGUUCAAGCCGCUGAUAGUUGUGGCCAUUCAACUCUCCAAAGGAGCCACUAAAUUGAUAUGGAUAUUGCCAUUGAGCACCGUUUAUCCAUACAAGAUCGAUUCCCAUACCUGGCGAUAUCCAGUUCACUACCUUUUCGAGAUUUACUCCGGGGUGACUUUAGCCAUUUUUUCCUCCUCCAGUGACGCCCUUUUUGGCUACUAUAUGUUUCAAUUAACCGGUCAACUUCGAACGCUAUCGCAUCGGAUUAAAAAUCUGGCAUCGAGCAAAAACUAUCAGGAAGAAUUACGCGACUGCGUUGAUCGUCAUCAAGUUCUUGCGCGGUGCCAGGACCAUGUCAAUCGAAUUUACGGUCCAAUUAUUCUUUGGCUACUCGUGACCAAUGCCCUUAUCAUGUGUGCUCUCGUCUACGAAGCUUCGCACGUGAAGGUCCAAAAAGCCAUCGCCAUUGUAAUCUACAUCGGCAUGAAAUCGAUACAGACAUUGGUCUACGGAUGGUUCGGCACGAUGCUUACAAACGAGAGUUGGUCGAAAAUCGGAAAAAUGAUCGUCAUGGAUAUACUGACGAAUCCGUUUACAGUAUUGGGCAUUGCGAUAGCAGCGUUUUAUUAUUAUAUGACAUGGACUUUUGAUUUUUGGUUAAAACGCGGAGUGCCAUUUAGGAAGCCGACGAUACUGUUCGGUAAUUUUGGCGACCUGUUGCUGUUUCGUAAAUCGCAACCGGAUGGCAUUAAAGAGAUGUACAAUUGGUUCAGGGGAUCUCGUUAUUUAGGUGUAUUUAGGGUUCGAUCGCCGAUUCUGAUACUGCGUGAUCCAGAGUUGGUGAAGCACGUGUGUAUAAAGGAUUUUAAGUGCUUUAAAAAUCGUGCAAUACAAGUAAACACGAGGGAACCAUUGUCCCGUAACCUUUUCAACCUCGAGGGCAAAGCUUGGCGAGAUUUGAGGCUGAAAUUGACGCCGGCAUUUUCGGUCGGUAGAAUGAAACGAAUGUUUUAUUUAUUGAACGAGUGCGAGGAAGAAUUGGAAAGAUUGGUCGAGGCGAGUUGUCGCGAAAACAGUGCCACUGAAGUUCGUGAUUUGGCAACUCAAUUCACCAUUGACGUGAUCGGCAGUUGCGCUUUUGGCAUACAUAUGAACGCUUUGAAGGACGAUGAAACGAAUGCCUUUCGUCGUAUGGCCGCUGAACUGUCAAAACCGAGCUACAAAUCCACCUUGUGGCGAAUGUUGAGAACCUCUUUACCUACACUUUAUCGCAUCCUCGGUGUUCGAGUCCUCGCACCCGAGGUCACCGACUUUUUCAAGGACAUUGUUACUCGAGUUAUCGAACAAAGGGAAAGAGAACUCGGGCCCAAACGACACGAUUUAAUGGACAUUUUGAUGCAAUUGAGAAAUGUCCAUCACUCAGACUUGGGUAACGACGAUUAUCAGAAUGGUAGCAAUUCUGAAGAAACGCAACGAGCUAAGGACAUUGAACUCAGCAACAAUGACAUCGCAGCCCAGGCCUUCGUUUUCUUCUUAGCCGGUAACGAAACCUCUUCGAAUACGAUCUCUUUCUGUCUCUACGAACUGGCGCUAAACGAGGAAAUUCAAGAAAAAGCGCGACGUGAAAUUCUUGAUGAAAUCAAAAAACGAGAUGGCAAAUGGGAUUAUGAUACUAUUCAGGAUAUGAAAUAUCUUGAGAUGAUUAUUCUCGAGACUUUAAGGAAAUAUCCAUCAGCACCACUAUUGUCACGAAGAUGUGAAUAUCGAUAUCGGAUACCCGGAACAGAAGUGGAACUGCCCGCAGGUAUGAGAGUCGUCAUACCGAUUUAUGGUCUUCACCACGAUCCCGAUUAUUAUCCAGAACCCGAUAAGUUCGAUCCUGAACGAUUUUCUGACGAGAAUAAGAAUGCCAGACCGGCACAUACUUAUUUGCCAUUUGGUGAUGGGCCUCGGAAUUGUAUUGGAAUGCGAUUCGCUUUACUGCAAACGAAAAUGGGUAUCAUUGCAUUUUUACGACGUCAUCGGGUCGAGCCAUGCGAGAAAACGAUCAUUCCCAUUAAAUUCAGCAGGCGAAGUCUGGCGACAUCUAGCGAAGGAGGUUUUUGGCUGAAAAUAAAACGUGUCGUUUGAGCUUAAGAUUUGUUAAUGUUAAUAAAAGUAUGUGACUUGUGGCA